GCGUUACGCCCUCUAUAAGACCGACCUUUUCACGCGCAGCCCAUGCCGCUCCUCGUGUCGCCCCUCCUCUCGUGGGUCGUUUGCGCUACUCUCAGCAUGGGACCCGCGGAAGUCGCACAUGGACCGAUGUUUGUGGGGUUGAUGAUGAACAUCUUGCUCUACGGGAUCAUGAUUACCCAGUUCUACCUCUACAUGACGACAUACAAGCGAGACUCCGUGUUCAUCAAAGUCUAUGUCGUCGCCCUCAUGUUCGCCGACACGCUCAACACGGGCUUCAUGGCGGCAUAUCUCUACGACUCGCUCAUCGUCCAUUUCGACGAUCUGCCCUAUCUCGGCAAGGCAAACUGGGUAUUCGCGACCGACCCUGCGAUGACAGGCAUCAUCGGGGCGAUGGUGCAGGUCUUCUACGCAUGGCGGAUCCACAUGCUGACCGGGAACAUCUGGAUCGUCGUCCUCGUCGCGGGCUGUGCACUGACCAACGCAUUCGGUGGCCUGGCAUCUGCAGCGGCGAUCGCGUUCGUGCCCCAGUUCUCGCAUUUUCAGCAGUUCCAGGUCCCGGUCAUCUGCUGGCUACUCGGCGCUGCGGUCGGGGAUGUGAUCAUCACGAUAACGCUUGUCAUCUUCUUUAGACGACACCGGACGGGGUGCACCGCGACGGACACGCGAGUCGACAAGAUCAUACGCCUGACGAUCCAGACGGGCAUGAUCACGUCUAUCUGCUCCGUCAUCGAUCUGGGGCUCUUCCUCGGCGACACGAGCGGCAUGCACCUGCUCUUCAAUCUCCCGCUCGCGAAGCUCUACAGCAACUCGCUCCUAAGCUCGCUCAACGCGCGCGGCGGCUGGCGGCGCACCGAACCCGGCGACGACUCGGGCGCGGGCAAGUCCGUGCCCCUCCCGCUGCACAUCUCCGUCCGCGUCGCGGCGAAUCCGGGCACGACGGUGGCCACGUACGACGACCUCCCAGCGCUGUCUGUGGGGCUCAGCGGGGCGACGACGGAGAGCCAGGCCGACGAGGUGGUCACGCCCAUCUCGCAGAAGAUGCGUGGCGUCGAGGAUUUGGACUCUGUGGUGUGAAGGUCUCGGGGGACUUUUGUGUAUUCAUUAUGUUGUACUGAUGUAACAUGGACUUGGACUGGGCGCUGCUAGAAAGGAAGGACUUGCGUUCUGAAAGCUUGGACAAAA